UAAUUGUGAUCGAAGGUAAUUUGAUCACUAACUGAUUGAUUGUCUGUCUGGAAUUAAUUUGUAUUUAUUUGUUUUAACUGGGAAAAUUGUGUAAUCAUCUAAUUAUCGAGAUAAGAGUAGAUUAUCCAGAAUUACAUCUUAAAUCGAGUCUCAUAUGAAUAUCUCAUUGAGAGAAACCAGUUUUUCGGUUUCAUAAUUUAUGGUCUCAUCUUUUUUUCUUCUUUCGGUUCUUCCCUUUUUUUAUUCUUCUUUUCAUUUCAAUUUAAUAGUGAAUUCGCCUCAAUUCCAUCAUCACCAUCAACAGUUACAUGAUAAACCCUUGUUAUCUUUCAACAAUCAACGAUUUUUGUCUCAAGUGAAAUUAAUUCAACAUUGAAAUAUCCUCUCAUCCAAAGACAAUGGUAACAAUUUUGUGAGACUUGGAAUCAACUCUAAAAAAGGAGAAAGAAAAAUAGUGGGAGCGUCUUGUUAAUUUGUUUCUUUUCUUCAUUAUCGUAAUUAACAAAUCGCCAUCAUACCAUUUAACAGUUAACCUUCUUAGCCAGAAGAAAAGAGCUUAAUUCUUAAAUGUGCUAAUUAACUUGAUCAAAAUCGAGACAAUUUAUCUCAAUCAGUGUAACUGUGUGAAUUUGUGUCUAUCAUUACAUGAAGAGCCUCAAGUUAAUCAGCAUUUGUCUCCAGUUGAAACAGUAACUAAACAAUCAAUAAUAUCUACAAUUUGUUAAUUUUUAAAGUGACUAUUUACUUGACUUGUUAAACAAUUAACUUUGUAUCAUUUUCUCAGAUAAUUGAUUAAUUGUUCUAAUUGUUUUUAUUCAACGUCACCGGUGGUAGAGAAUUAAUCAUCUCCAUUGUUUCCAAUUUCCACCUUUUUCUUUCUUUGGUCUAACCAAAUAACAAUUAAUUUCCAAAUCACCUUAACAAUUAAAAAAGCAAAUUGUGUUUCUUUUAGUUUUGCUGGACAGCAAUCAAUUUGCAAUUAACAAUGAAUUCACCAAUCAUCACUUCGGACCCUUACCUGUACCGGUCAAGUCAAGUGUCACCAAAUUACACCUUCACCUUUCCCUUUGAAAGGUCAUUCCAAUACACCGAAGCCCGAGAAUGGAUGAGAAAUCAUUGGCAAACUGCCUUCUAUUGGGUCGCCCUUUACCUGGUCUUGGUCUUCGGAGGUCAAGCUUACAUGUCAAAACGUCAACCCUACAAAUUUAAGUCCCUUCUAAUUGUUUGGAAUACUGCAUUGGCUACAUUCUCAAUCAUUGGAACAAUCAGAAUACUUCCAGAAAUGAUUCAUAUGUUGAGAAACUUUGGCUUCUAUCAUUCAGUUUGUAAUCCAAGUUACAUUGAGGUCAAUCGAGUCUCCGGUUACUGGACAUGGGUUUUCGCUCUCUCAAAGGUACCCGAACUUUGUGACACCCUUUUCAUUGUUUUCCGUAAACAAAAUCUACUCUUUCUCCACUGGUAUCACCAUAUAACUGUCCUCUUGUUCACUUGGUACUGUUACGCUGAGCACGUUUCCCAAGCUCGUUGGUACAUUUGUAUGAACUACGUGGUUCAUUCAGCCAUGUACACUUAUUAUGCGCUUCGAGCAUCCGGUUUCCGUGUACCCAAACCAAUAGCCAUGACGAUAACAACCUCACAAAUCCUUCAAAUGAUCAUGGGAUUUUACGUGACCUACUAUGGGUACGAUAAAAAAUCGCAAGGUUACCCGUGCGCUAUAACCUCAGGCUCAAUUAAAUGGGGUCUCCUUAUGUACGCUUCAUACUUUGUCCUCUUUGCCAACUUUUUCAUUAACUCUUAUUAUCGUAAAACCAAAGGUUCAACCUCGCAAAGAGGGAUGAGUGAUUCAUCAUUUGUUAAUUUUGUUCAUAAUCAAAAAACUUCCCCAAUCAAAUCGGAUUAAAUCAAAAUCUUUCCCUCUCUUCAUCUCUCUCUCUCUCUCUCUCUCUCUCUCUCUCUCUCUAAUUUCCUAUUCCUAUUCCGCUUUUCCCUCCCUAACAAUUAACUCUAUCACCUUAAUACACUCAAUAUAUAUACAUAGAAUUGUAUUCCUUUGAUUUAAUUAUCAACGAAUACACGAAAACCUUGAUUGUUAUGUUUCCAGAUAUAAUAUAACAAUUAAAUCUGUAAUCAAAUAAUUUAAAUACUUUUUUUUUUGCUUGUUUUGUAUUAAUGAUAAUUUGUUCAAAUUUUUACUUUAGGUAAUUUAAUUAAUUGCUAAUUAUGUUGCGUUGAUAAAAACAAUUAAAAAUUAAUUAAGAAAAACUAAA